AUGCAUCUUAAUGCCGCAACAGUGAUUCUAUGCUAUUUUAUGUUAACAAUUAGUUUAUUUACCCAAAUUAAAACAACUCAAACAAAUUAUUUAUCUUCAACAACAACAUACCUCGAUAUGCCAGUAAAGUGUUACAAUCCAAUUAAUAAAACAAUAUACAAGCCAAAGUAUAAGUACUGUAUUUAUGGAAUUAAAUACUAUCACAACAAGACUGGCUUUGACAACGUAUUAUAUUUUAAUGACCAAAAUUAUCCGUGGCACGAAGAGGAUAUAACACAUAAGGAAUUUGAAAAAGCCGCUCAACCACUCUGUGAUGAUUUAGGCAUUUAUGAACAAUUGAAUUCUCAGUACAAUACUUUGUAUUAUGCGGCAUGGGUUAUGACAACAGAAAAUACUUACAACGAUAUUUUCUUGCUUUGCUGUAAGCCAUGUCCGGUUGUCAAAACAGUGGCACAAUGGAGAAUCAUUCUGAAACUUCAAUUCUUAAUCCGUCGUCAAUACAGCUUGAUAAAGAACUAUGUACUUCAUGAAGUUCUCGAUUAUACCAAUGGUAUUCAAACUUAUAUCGAUGAAACUUAUUAUAUAACAAAUCGUAUGCCUGAAAUCAAUGUUUCCAUGAAAACAUGUAAUGCAAAGAACUUCAAAAGAGUUCCAAUAACAACAAACAACAAUGUGUGCUUUGUUACCGCUAGUGAUAUUUUCAACCGAAAUAGUCUCUAUGAACGACAAAUCGAGCAAAUACCUGAUCGAACGGUUCAUGAAAUCACUCGUCUCGGUCCAUACAGUGCGGCAGAGAUGGGAUACAUGCAGGACAUGCAAUGCAGAAUACAGCACAGUUCACGUGAAGAUAACGAAUGUGUCGUCUGGAUGACAUAUGAUGAAUACGGUUAUGAAUGUUGCUGUUACGGUGAUUUGAUUGGCAACUGUCAAGAUCGAAUUUCAAGCAGUAUACUGGUAGGCACUGGACAGUUAACGACUUACAACGAUUUCAUGCCAUGCGCUAUUCCUAAUCGCAACAAUACAAGAUACACCUAUAUGUAUGAUAGAGAAGCGAAGAAAGUUACACUAAGAGGAAAAAUGGAAGAUAUUUUGGAAGGAACACGUACUAAAAGCUACUGCCCACUCUAUCUGGAUAUUUCAAAUAUGCAACAUAAAUAUUAUAUGUCGACAGACGAAUUUCGAGCCAACAAACCUGGCCAUAGUAUUCUUGCAGAUGGAAUAGAAAUUGGGUGUCAUUAUUAUGCAAACUGGGACAUUCGUCUGGUGGAUAUUGUCAAAACACGAUGUAUUCAACUAAUACCACUAAUGGACAUGUGUCUAAUGAAAGCUCCCAUAGAACCAAAUCAUUUUGAAGCACUCUGUUGCUGCAAUCAUCAAACGUUUUGCAAUUAUAAUGGUCUAAUAUUGAACAAACUAAAUGCAAGGCAAUCACCUUAUUAUUGCAAAUAUAAUUCAGAAUAUCAAUAUUUGUUCAAUGAUUUACUUCUAAUUGAUAAACCACCAUCAAGGUCAUGUUUACUACAUUAUAUUGAUAACGUCACUUUAUCGGAUAUGGACUCUCGUUUACCGAAGGAUAAUUUCGUUUUAUUUCAACAACCAGGCAGUGCAUUUUAUGCAAUCGACUUCUCAUACGCAUUGCUAGAAGACGGAAAAUGUCAUUAUGUUGAAGUAGAAGUAAACUUUAAUUAUACAAAUUCACGAUCUUGUCCAGAAGCAGCAAUGUUUGAAACGAACUACAUGCCGUUGAAAAUUUUUGCGUGUCGCUGUCGUACAGAAGCUAGCUCAAAGACACCAUGUGACAAAAAACUUGCAGCAAAAAUACCACAUCUAGCCAGAAAUUGGCCCUUAGUGAAUUUGACACAGUGUAUGCAGUAUAAUCAACAAAGACUUCAAUAUGUAACACAUGGAGUGGAAAGAGUGUUCCUCACGUAUACAUCGUAUUGCUACACCGAAAUGACUUUAAAAAUGGAUGGGAAUGAAAUAAAAUUUGAUGUGUCAGGUGGUGCAGUGACACAUACAAUAGCUAACAGCGCUGAAAAACAUCUCAAUCAUAUUGCAUAUGCCAUGUGGCUUCUAGCAGGAUCGCUUUCAUCACUUUGUACUUCAAUUCGGAAAGGACAAGCAUACUGUUUCUGCCGUUCAUACAACAAUCACGGUGAUGCAUGUAAUGAAUAUGUGUGGGAGAGAGUGAAAUUGCAGAAAAUUCUGAUGAAGCAAGAACUCGACUUUAAGAUUCGCAAGGAAUAUCCCAACACAUUGUCAGAUCAUUUGGUACAGAAAGGAGAAACAUGGUGCCAUUCCCCUAUUGUUUAUGGAACUUUGGAUAUUGAUAUGGAAAAUGAAGAUGUUAUAACUAGUGGAAAAUGUGCUCAUGCAAAACAAAAAAUGUGGGAAUUCAGUGAUGAACAUACAUUCUGUGUCGAAAUAAAAGCUUUAGAAAAUGAAUGCGUAGCAAAGAUUGAGGAUACAGAGCAUCUCCAGAAAAACCACUUAUUAUGCUGUUGCAGAAAUAAGUGUGAAACGUAA